AUUUACACUCAACCAAACCAUCUCUCUCCCAUUUUCCCCGCUCCAAUUUCCUUUCCUUCCUUCUAACUUGGGUUUUCGUUUUCUAAAUUUCUCUCGCCCCAAUGCGCUAAAUGACAUUUCGUUUUCACGGCAUUUCGUUUUCCGAUUUCCCACUGUUUGGAUUUACUAAUUUUGCUUGUGAUAUCCACCUUUUGAUCUGUCAAAUCUCGAGUCUGAGAAAAUCCGCAGCAAUCGCUUUCGCUUCCGGCGAAGUGAAUGUGAUUUUGUAUAAUUUAUCUGCUUGUUUUAUUCAGGGUGGAAGUGGAGGAUUAUCUCCUGGAAAGUUGAGGAAUAUGCUUCUGGGAGUGGAGAAUAAGAAGGAAGAAGAAGAAGAACUGGAGCACACCUAUUCCUUGAGAUCUCAAACUUCCGAGAUCAAUGACUCUGGUGGUAGCUGUUCUGACAAUUGCAAAGAUUUGAAUGUUGUAAGCGUACUGCCCGAUUGCCCAGCAUCCACUACAGCUGACUCGUUUCCCACACAGAUGGGUUACGAUCGUAGACUGAAGGAUCACUCUUCAGUGAACUCGAGAAACAAGUAUCAAGAUGAUAGUUUUCUAGAUUACGAUAGUGGGCAUGAUAAUAUGAGUGCAUCUCCAUCAGUCUUCGAGUUUCAAAAGGCAGACCGGGCCUCACAAAGAGUUCCCCUCGCGCCUUUCUCGAAACCGGCGCCAUCGAAAUGGGAUGAUGCCCAAAAAUGGAUAGCAAGUCCAACAUCUAACCGGCCAAAGAGUGGGCACCCUCAGGGGCAUUUGCGGAAAGCAAGUAAUUUUGGAAGCCGGCAACCAUCCAUGAAGCUUGUAGCAGAGGUUCCAGAUCAUUCAUUGGUUCCAUUUGAAGAGCCAGAUAUGAAAAGGAUUGACUACAGCCAAGCCAAGAAGGAAAAUGGUGACAAGUUUGUUAGUUGGGAGGCUGAUGCAUAUCCAUUACCAGAUUCCUAUGCGAAGGCAGUGGUCAUGAUUGAGAAUUGUGUCGAAGAAUCAGCAAUUAAUCUAAGCCGUCAUGAUUCCUCUGUAUCUAUCCAUAGUGCAACAACAUUUGUUUCUCCGCCAUCAACUGCUAGAUCGGUUUCAAUGAGGGACAUGGGUACAGAAAUGACACCCAUUGCUAGCCAAGAACCUUCCAGGAACGGAACUCCUGUUAGGGCAACAACACCAAUACGCAGUCCAACUUCUUCAAGGCCACCAACUCCUCAAAGAACUACAGCAGCUUCAUCUCCCACUGAUAAUCCAAAUGACCAUUUGGAUCUCAACAAAAACGAGUUGGCUGAAAAAGAAUUACAGAUGAAAACAAGGAGAGAAAUAAAGGCUCUUGGAACUCAGCUGGGCAAACUGAAUAUUGCUGCUUGGGCUAGUAAAGAAGAGGAGGAAAAGGCUGCAUCUACCUCACUUAAAAAUGUAGGAGUUGAACAAGCAGCAAAAAAUGUCAUUGAAAUCCGUGCAGCAGCUUGGGAGGAGGCAGAGAAAGCCAAGUAUUCGGCAAGGUUUAAACGUGAGGAGAUCAAGAUACAGGCAUGGGAGAAUCAUCAGAAAGCAAAAACAGAAGCCGAGACGCGGAAAAUUGAGGUAAAGGUGGAAAGGAUGAGGGGACGUGCACACGAUAAACUCAUGAACAAGCUAGCAGCUGCGACGCACAAGGCUGAAGAGAAGCGGGCAGCAGCCGAGGCCAAGAAAAACCGGCAAGCCACUAGGACGGAGCAACAAGCAGAGUAUAUCCGCACAACGGGUCAUAUGCCAUCCUCAUUUUCAUGCGGUUGUUGCUGCUGUUAAACCUCUAUGAAUUUGUGUUGCAUAGAUUCCUUUAUGUUUUUGCCUUUACUUUGUCCCUGUGGACAUUUGACCGGUCAUUGGAAUGAAAGCUUUUUCUCUUUGGCAUCA